AACGUUCAUCUUCUUCUCCUCAUUUUUCCUUCUCCAAAAAUACAAACACAGAAGUCACGAAAGGUGCUGCUUUCUGACUUUGAUUGGAGGGACUCCUGGGGGUGGUUUGCCUAAAUCCUACCAGCAACGAAGUAGUGGGGGCAACAUAAACACUCUAAGGAAAGUGAUCUAAUCACGCCUUCAAUCGUUCACUUCCAUACUGUUUCCCUGACAAUCUUAGAGUGUUUAAUUUCGUGUGACAAUGGAUUCUAAAGUGGAGAGCACUUUGAAGGCGUAUGCCUCUGAUUCCAACAAACUCAAUCGGUUUGAUGGAACCAAUUUCACCCGCUGGCAAGAGAACAUGAAGUUUCUGUUGACUGCUUUGAAGAUCGUGUAUAUACUGGAUCCUGAUUUGGUGUCGCUAAAAGAACCACAAGACACUGACUCUGAUGAAUUAAAGGCUGAGCGCAAGAAGAGGAGUGAUGGCAGCCUGCUGUGCCGAGGAUACAUCCUCAAUUCACUCUCUGAUCGUCUCUAGGAUCUGUAUUCCCAGUUGGCGACCCCUACUAAAAUUUGGACAUCUUUGGAGAACCAGUACAAAUCAGAGAAACAAGGCGCAGAUAAGUUUGUCACAUUCCAGUUCUUUGAAUUUAGCAUGAAUGAUAAGCGCUCAAUUCUGGAUCAAGUUCAUGAAUUCCUAAUCUUGGCCUCUAAGUUCUCUGCGUUGAAGAUAACACUUCCUGAUGCAUUUCUGGUGGGGGCAAUUAUUGCAAAGUUGCCUCCAUCAUGGAAUAACUAUAGGAAGAAAUUACUUCAUACGUC